GGGGGCAGGGGGUGGAGGGGGGGCAAGGAGGACGGACGGACGGACGGGGUGAGAGGAUGUGAAGAUGGCGGAGCUGCAGAUGCUGCUGGAGGAGGAGAUCCCGGGGGGGCGCCGGGCCCUGUUCGACAGCUACACCAACCUCGAGCGGGUGGCCGAGUACUGCGAGACCAACUACAUCCAGUCAGCAGAUAAGCAGCGAGCCCUAGAAGAAACCAAAGCCUACACAACCCAGUCAUUAGCAAGUGUAGCCUAUCUGAUCAACACUUUGGCUAACAAUGUUCUCCAAAUGCUGGAUAUCCAGGCAUCCCAACUUCGACGCAUGGAGUCUUCAAUCAACCAUAUUUCACAAACGGUGGACAUUCACAAAGAAAAAGUUGCUAGAAGAGAAAUUGGUAUCUUGACUACAAACAAAAACACCUCAAGAACUCACAAAAUCAUUGCACCAGCUAACUUGGAGCGACCAGUUCGCUACAUCAGGAAACCUAUUGAUUAUACAAUUCUAGAUGAUAUUGGACAUGGAGUGAAGGUCAGCACACAGAAUAUGAAGAUGGGUGGGCUGCCUCGUACAACACCACCCACCCAAAAGCCACCAAGUCCACCCAUGUCAGGAAAAGGAACUAUUGGGCGUCACUCUCCCUAUCGUACGUUGGAGCCAGUACGUCCUCCGGUGGUUCCAAAUGACUACGUGCCUAGCCCAACUCGCAAUAUGGCUCCCUCACAACAGAGCCCUGUUAGAACAGCUUCUGUGAAUCAGAGGAAUCGCACAUACAGCAGCAGUGGGAGUAGUGGAGGAAGCCACCCAAGCAGUCGGAGCAGCAGUCGAGAGAACAGCGGAAGUGGAAGUGUGGGUGUUCCUAUUGCUGUUCCCACACCAUCUCCUCCCAGCGUCUAUCCAGCCCCUGCCGGCUCAGCUGGCACUUCUCCCCUUCCUGCUACCUCUGCUCCUGCCCCCACUCCUCCUGCUCCUGCCCCUUCCUCCGCUGCCCCAGAUGCUGCUGCUGCUGCUGCAGGAGCUCAGCCCCUUGCUGAUGGCUUCACCUCUCCAACUCCCCCUGCUGUUUCUUCCACACCCUCUACAGGUCACCCAGUUCAGUUCUACAGCAUGAACAGGCCUGCAUCUCGACACACGCCCCCGACAAUAGGGGGAUCUUUGCCAUAUCGGCGUCCUCCUUCGAUCACAUCACAGCCAAGCCUUCAGAACCAGAUGAAUGGAGGACCGUUUUAUAACCAGAACCCAGCAUCCCUUGCUCCUCCUCCCCCCUCCAUCCUACAGGUAACCCCACAGUUACCACUAAUGGGAUUUGUGGCCAGAGUUCAAGAAAACAUUUCAGAUACUCCUCCCCCGCCACCACCUGUGGAUGAGCCAGUGUUGGAUGAAUCUCCACCUCCACCCCCACCUCCAGAGGAUUAUGAGGAGGAGGAAGCAGCUGUGGUGGAGUACAGUGAUCCAUACGCUGAGGAGGACCCUCCCUGGGCACCAAGGACCUACUUAGAAAAGGUGGUGGCGAUCUACGACUACACGAAGGACAAAGAAGAUGAGCUCUCAUUUCAGGAAGGUGCCAUCAUUUAUGUCAUCAAGAAAAAUGAUGACGGCUGGUAUGAGGGGGUUAUGAAUGGAGUGACAGGGCUCUUCCCAGGGAACUAUGUGGAGUCGAUCAUGCAUUACUCAGAGUGAAGACCAGAGGACAAAACACUGCAUCUCCUGCUGCAGGAGCUGUCAGGGCUUCCCAGAUCUCCAUCAGCCUCUGGGGCUCCAUCCAGUAUAACUGAAUGAAGGAUAAUUGUAACAACCACUCUUGUUUUUUAUUUUCCCCCCCCCCUCCCUGCCCCCAUUAUAAAACAAUAGUGAUUUGAGUUGUUUGAACAAAUGGCUCUAUGGCUCUUCCGGCUGCCAGCAGAGGCUAUCCUGAGCUGUCUGAGCUCCCGUUCAGAUGUAACAAACUUGUUGAGUAGCUGAUACUUCACUUGAAUUCUGACUACUUCUGACAGGCUUUGGGAUCUGUCUCAGGAAUCCUGUGUGCCCUUGUGGUACUACCCUUGGCAGCACUGCCUGGCCCUUGGGAUGUCCUGGAUGCUUGCGGUGAAGGGUUACUGGCCAGUGGACACCCCUCCUGUUUCUACACUACACUCCCGUGCAGCUGGAAGAACAGUUAUGCGCUAGAAAACACUGCGAUUUCUACACAGACCCGUUCCUGUAGCUGACUUCCACGUAGCUGGAUAAGUCUUUAGCAUAAACAGUUCUGCAGCUGCUCUGCACAUGUAGGCUGACACAGGGGCACACAGAGCUGGCUUUCAUUCACUCACCUUUCAAUUUAGACAAUUCAGAUGGCUGCAGCCCAGAGGACCCCCAUCCCCAUUUCCUCAUCUUUUGAAUGCCAGAGUUUUGUUUUGUGUUCUGCACUGAUGUAAAUGUGCUCUACUUGCCAUGGGUGCUGCUGGUUGAAACAGAUCUCACAGAUGCCGUUGAUAGUGAAGGCAAAACAAAGUUUACAGGUCCUCCUGGGGUCCGAGGAUGAACUCUAGGGGCUGUGAUCUACGGUUCAAGUCUACUCACGCCUGGUUGCACUAGAGAAACUUACCCCCGACUUUAGUCUUAUGCACAAUAUAAUCUUAAAAAUCCAAUCAGGUAUUGUAAAUUGGCUAUUUUGUACUUGAUGACUAGAUUUGCAUAUGUACUGUGAGAGCCCUGUGCAGAGGCAGGACAAACGGCAAUUGUCGUCUUCAUGUCUGUUGCCAAAAUCUCUUCAGUGGAAGUAAAAAGGGCUGUUGUGUGUACUGGUUUCCCAUGGAAAUCCAAGCAGUAACUAGUAGUAGUCCUAGCUCUUCCCCCAGCCCGCUCCAUUUUUUAUUAUCAAAAAAUAGAUAUUUUGAGCUAUACUGGUGGAUCUGGGGUGGAGUAAUACCACGUGAAGGCUCUGUAGCCCCAUGUGUUGAUAGUUUGCUUUUUAAUCUAGUCUCAGUUAAAAACACGGCUUCUGCCUAGCAGAUAAGCAUGAAGCAACGGCUGUCUAGUCUGCCCUUAGGAAGGCCUAAAUGUUACCUUUGGGUAAAUGUCAUGCAUUAACAGAGUGAACUGAUUAAACCUCCCAUCACAGUCCUGUUAGCCUGCAAAUGGAGCUGACCCCUGUGUUGUGAGACCCUCCUGGGCCAGGGCAUCUUCCAGGACAACUCCUGACUGUCACCUGGCCAAGUUCCAGCUGGUACCAGCAGUAGCUUGUCAAAGGCGAGGUGAUGCUGCGGCUGUCCUCUGAGGCCUGUGUGUCAAACAGCAGUGCACAAGAGAGUGCUACCAGGGCUGGGUGCGUGAAAGUAUUGGCAAUGAUACAGGUAACUGACCCAAUCCCCUUGCUCGGUAAUUGGUGCAGUAUCAGGAUGGAGGUGCAGGUUCAGUGCAAACCUGGUCCGGGAGGUGCCAUAGCUGCUCAGCACGGAAGAAAGAGGAAACAAACAGGCGAGGUGUGUUUGUGGGAUAUGGAUGAGUUUGAUCACCUGCUGUGAGCUUCCAGAAGAGUGCGCCAACUCCUGUGAUAGUGUGUAAGGAACCAGUUUGGUUCAAGCCUACAGGAGGUAGGACUUGGAAGAAACUGGUGUGGAAAUAGAAGUUACGUUCUCCCCUGCUCAAUCCACAGCCGUGUAGCCAAGGUUGUCUUCUUCCUGGAAGUUGACAGCAUUAUAGUUUGGGAUGAGUGUUAGCCAGAAGAGAUACCCUUCCACCUUCCUUGGUGGAGACUUUUGUGUCGCAGUAAGACUAACAGAAGCAGCCAUGUUCAGUUCCCUCAGCCUGUUGUUUCUCUGGGAGCAAACUUAGAAACACAGGCUGUGCAGUCACUGGAGUGACUCUUUCUAGUGUCACAGGCAGGGCUGCACUUCUUGCAGAGGAAGGUGGUGCUUGCAGCCUGGCUGGCGGCCUGCGUGACUGAACAGCAUUAUUGCCUGAGCCAUUGGUGCUCACAGGGUGGCUUAUCUUUUCCAGGAGUAUCGGAGCUUUCCUGGUUUCUCUUGCUCUGGGUAUGUUUGUGGUAAAGGCUGAGCGAACAGUGCUCAAAUGCAUCAUUAUGGCAGCUUCGUGAGUUACUGAACGACAGCUGAUCCUCUCUCCCUGUGCCCCCCUGUGCUGCAGCUGGGAGGUCGUGCAUUAAUGAAAGGUCUCUUAACUCAGUCUGUGUAAAAGCGUGUGCUUGAACACUUCUGACAGGUGGGGAUUGUGUGUUCUUCCACUGUGAGUGCUACACGCCCGUCUCAUCUUCAUUCAGCUGGUGGUUCACCUUGUGAGUUUUCAGUGUUGCAAGAGGAGAGCAUUGUGAACUCUGGGAAGUGCUGACUGCUUGUCUCAGAGCUCAGCCCGAAGAUGAGGCUGCAAAACCUUGGAAGUGGAAUGUGUGAAGCUCCUUAAAGAAAGAACUGGCUUGGGUCUGAUGGGCCAGGGGUUAGUUUGGUCCCUACUGAUAGUUUGUGGAGUUGUUUAUCCUGCAAGAGCUGCUGUGGAUGGAAGUUUUGGGUCACCUCCUGCUGGUUUGAUGCUUUAUUAUGCAGUACUAAUGUAAAGGAAUUUGUUGAGUUUUAUGCAUAUUUUUAAUUUUGUACAGAUUUUAAUUUUGUUGCUUGUUUGGGGAUGAUGUGAUGUAACAGUCAUAGACCAGGCCAAGGUAAUCAGACUUUGUAUAUUGUUACAUAGACUGCAUGCUAGUAAAAUCAGUGAGGGUUAUGUUUUGUCCCUUCUGCAAAACCUUCUCCCUCACUCCUUUAUAAUUUACAUGUUUACUUUGGGGGGGAGGGGGGGCAGGCGGGCAGGGAGACAGUAUUUCAAGUAGGUGCACAACAUCGCUUCACUGAGUUCUGCUGCCACAGCUGAGGGUGUUCAGCAUCGCAGGCUGAUCAAUCAGAGGUGUGUAUGGAUGAGACAGGUGGGGAAGGAGCCACUCCAGAGUAUGGCUCUCCCUUUGUGAGAGCUGCCUUAGCCCAGCCAGCUGUUUUCAUUGUGUACAGAAAUCGGUCAGCAUCCUCUAGUGGUGUAUUUUGUUUUGGGUUGCUGUAUCAGCGAUUUCUUCCUUGCUCUUGGCCCCAGGGACAACACUAUUAACUACAGCUGCCUCUCUGCCUGUGUGAGGGGGGGUCCUACAGCAUCUGUCCCCAUCUAGUGCCAAAACAGGUUAUUUUGGUGUCUGCCUUCCAGCCUAGAGAGAGCGAGAGAUGGCUGAGGUUGCGUGUAUUUCACCCUAAUUCCCUCGCCACCCUUUUCUUUUUUUUCUCUCCCGCCCAGCCCUCCGAUUAACGGUCUGUUUCUCUCACUGGCUGCUGCAGCAGAUGGCUGAGAGGGGCAGGAGAGGCAAGCAGGCUAUGUUGCACUGGGGCACCCUGGGGCGUGCCCAAGCCUGCUGGCUGGAGUAGGCACCAGAGAGCUGCAGCAAUACCUGGAGACUUGCUGGCCUGACUGGUGAGACAUGGGCAGACACCGAUGCCCUGAAGAGCUGUUGCUCUCACUGGAGGACAAGGGUGCAGCACAGAGUCAGGGCUAGCUGGCAGAGCUUGGUGUGUUACCAGGAGGCUGGCCACGUUCCUGGGACUCAGCUGGUCGUUGUGGUUAGCAAUAAUGGGAACAAGUUGUGUUGGGUGUUCCUGAAAGUGGCUAGAGAUUGCUGCUGGUUUGAACCACCACCCCCCGCAGUCCUGGUGGUGUGUGGCUUACCAGUGGGUGCCAGGAAGCCUUAAACCCAGCUAGUUCUUGCUAGAGGAGUGGUUUGUCCACCUUUCACAGCUCCUGAACAUUUUUGUUCUUUGUGGCUGAGGGUUCUUGGCAAUAGCCAAAGUUGCCAGUGGCAGUGAUGCAGCUUCUGGCAAGUGGCACCAACAUGUAUCUAGGGCAUUUCAGUUGAGAUGAAAAGCAAGCGAGGUAGCAGCAGGACUGAUGCUCCUUUUCUGGCAGAGGGUAGGCUGCCUGCCUGGGGCGUACGUGCAUUUGUUGACUGGGGUGGAGAAGGGUUGUGCGCUGAUAGCAACUGUUGUGCUUCUGUGGUGUCGCCCACCUGUGCCGGAUGGUGAUGUAAUGCUGCGCUCUUCCCAGCAACUUCCACCACUUCACCGCAAGCACUGGAAAUGAGCUCGCUCUUUUUAAUUAGUUAUGCCUCCAGGCUUCAGGCAAAAAGCAAAAGCAACAUGUUCAUGUUUUCCUUUCUGGAAAGGCUGGGCCUUUAUGCAGGUUAGGAAACUGGGAGCAUUUACAGGGCUCUUCCUCCCAGAGGUGGUACAGGACAUCAUGUGAAACAGCUGGUGUCUAUGUAUGGUCUCUGCUAGGCAACUUGUUGGAAGCUGCUGUUGGAAAGACCAUGGUGCUGAGGCUUCUACUGGGAAGGGUACUUGCAUUGAGAGUGUAGAGCCUCUGAUGGUGCGCUGCAGCAUUUCAGGAAGUAUUACAAACCCCAGGCAGAGCCUUCAGUGCCUAUGUUGACAACAGUGGCAGGGAGGAAUGUAGAGCACUGUUGCAGUCACUAAGGCAAGUAUUUACAACCCAGAUCUCUAGCAAAGCUGGUUCUGUAAACUGAGCUCUAGCAGGCAGAUGAUGGGCUACAUGUAUGAGGCUCCACUUUCAAGAAUUUACUGUGCUUACAGGUCUAUCCACCUUCCCCACCAUUUGGCAUCGUCCAGUAUUAGGCACUGCCACAUUUUGUGAUUAAAAUGGUAUUACACAGAGGUCAGAAUAGCUCAAGGAGGGACCAGUUCGGGGGUUCUCCUCCAGUAGCUGAAGUCAGUGUGCAGUAACAGUCUCUUUGACCUACUUUUGAUUUUGAAACUGGGAGAAUAGCGGGGUCCCCCACCUCAUGUCCCUGGGAAGGUUGCUGAAAGUUUGAUGCAGCCAAGGUUUGCCAACUGCUGUUACAAAGACUACUUCACAGAGCAUGGUGCUCUGCUGCUUUCGUUCAAAAAAAAACCACCCCUGUGUUUUGUGCAGUCUCCUGCCCCUGCGGGAAGCAUUUCCUUCUUUGGUACUCUAAACAGUAAUUUUGUUAGCACCUUUGCGUAUUACAAAACCAGUAACGUUAGCAGCAGCCUGUUGUCCAGCGGUAAGCUUACACCCAGCAUCCUGCCACCGAUGUGGUGACUGCCGAAACGUGUGCCGUACAUUUGUUCCUGUUUCUCUUAAAACCUCAGAAGAAUCCUACCACUAUUGACUAAUGAGGAAGAGCUGUACACAACUUCAUUUCCAUUACAGCGCCUUGCUAAAGUGCUGACAUGUCUGAGAUUUUUUUUUGUAAAGAACAAGUGCUUCUUUUCACAUUUGAAAAAGUGUCUUUUGCAACUUGCAUGGACAAGUAGUUUCUAUGAAUUCUCUGGAGAUGUCGGUGUCUAACAUGGAUUUUGUCCAUGCACUUUUUUCCUGAGAGCAGAUGCCCCCACCCUCUCCUUUGGUUUGCCGUCAGGAGAAGCACGCUCUGCUUUUGCAUUCGGCACUGCUGCUGCAGCGGACGAGUGCAGAGCCCACCGUAAAUGACCCAGCCCACAGGACUCUGGGGAGCUGUAUGCCACCAGUAACAUUUUAUUGUGUGUGCCACUUGAACCACCUUUCACUGAGUGCAAAACCCAAUUUUUAAAUUUUUUUAAUUGUACUUGGACUUAACUGUUGCUGUGUACUAAACCCUCUUGUUACGAGCCCUAAAUAAAAAGAACAAAGCACA